UAGGAAAACUUUCUCAAAUGGAAAUGGACAAGCAACGGAUAACAAAUGAACAGAUAAGAGAAGAGUGAGUCUCUCUCUCUCUCUCUCUCCAAUGGCAGCUCCGACAUGUUCCUCUCUCUCUGCCCUCAAAUCCUCCACACUUCUCCCCUCCUUCAAACUCUACCCUAUCCCAAUCCCUUCUUCCUCUUUCAACCCCAAACGCUUCCCCAAUCGGCUCCGUGUUCGCGCCACUGCAACAACCCUCGAAUCCAGCAACGGCGCCGUCGUUGUAGCCCCCGAAAAGGAGGAGGAAAGCAACCCCUACGGUAGACAGUACUUCCCUUUGGCUGCCGUGGUUGGACAGGAUGCUAUCAAAACGGCUCUUCUGCUUGGGGCUAUUGAUCGUGAGAUUGGAGGUAUUGCAAUCUCUGGGAAGCGAGGAACAGCAAAAACAGUAAUGGCACGUGGGUUGCACGCUAUUCUGCCUCCUAUCGAAGUAGUUGUUGGUUCAGUCGCUAACGCGGAUCCAGCCUGCCCAGAGGAAUGGGAAGAUGGACUGGCUGCGAAAGUGGAAUAUGACUUUGCUGGUAAUGUCAAGACUAAGAUUGUCAGAUCUCCUUUUGUCCAGAUUCCUCUUGGCGUCACUGAAGAUAGACUAAUUGGAUCUGUUGAUGUUGAGGAGUCUGUGAAAUCUGGAACCACUGUUUUCCAGCCAGGCCUUCUUGCUGAAGCUCACAGAGGAGUGCUAUAUGUUGAUGAGAUUAAUCUGUUGGAUGAAGGCAUUAGUAAUUUGCUUCUCAAUGUUUUGACUGAAGGAGUUAAUAUUGUGGAAAGAGAGGGGAUCAGUGUUAAACAUCCAUGCAAGCCGCUUUUUAUUGCUACUUAUAACCCAGAAGAGGGUGCUGUAAGGGAACAUCUACUGGAUCGGGUUGCAAUCAAUUUGAGUGCAGAUCUUCCAAUGAGUUUUGAAGAUCGUGUUGCAGCUGUGGGAAUUUCAACACAGUUCCAGGAACGUAGUGAGGACGUUUUUAAAAUGGUUGUUGAGGAAACAGACUAUGCAAAGACUCAGAUAAUUUUGGCCAGAGAGUAUUUGAAGGACGUUACUAUCAGCAGAGACCAAUUGAAGUAUCUCGUUUUGGAGGCACUUCGAGGUGGUUGCCAGGGACACAGAGCUGAGCUAUAUGCUGCUCGUGUUGCCAAAUGUUUGGCAGCAUUUGAAGGGCGGGAGAAAGUCUAUGUGGAUGACCUGAAGAAAGCAGUUGAACUUGUUAUCCUUCCUCGUUCGAUCAUCAAUGAAAAUCCGCCCGAACAACAAAACCAGCCUCCACCUCCACCGCCUCCGCAAAAUCAAGAUUCUGCUGAGGAGCAAAAUGAAGAAGAAGAUGAUCAGGAGGAUGAAAAUGAUGAAGAGAACGAGGAACAACAGGACCAAAUCCCUGAGGAGUUCAUCUUUGAUGCUGAAGGGGGUCUGGUGGAUGAGAAACUUCUGUUCUUUGCACAACAAGCACAGAAACGCCGAGGAAAGGCUGGGAGGGCAAAGAAUGUUAUAUUUUCAGAGGAUAGAGGCCGAUAUAUAAAGCCAAUGCUUCCUAAGGGUCCUGUAAAGAGAUUAGCUGUUGAUGCCACUCUUAGGGCAGCUGCACCGUACCAGAAGUUACGAAGGGAGAAGGAUACUCUAAAGAUUAGGAAAGUGUAUGUUGAGAAAACAGACAUGAGAGCUAAAAGAAUGGCCCGAAAAGCAGGAGCGCUGGUAAUAUUUGUUGUUGAUGCUAGUGGAAGCAUGGCAUUGAAUCGUAUGCAGAAUGCAAAAGGCGCGGCACUUAAAUUACUGGCUGAAAGUUACACAAGCAGAGAUCAGGUUUCAAUCAUUCCUUUUCGUGGAGAUUCUGCGGAAGUUCUGUUGCCUCCUUCCAGAUCAAUUUCUAUGGCAAGAAAACGCCUUGAGAGACUUCCCUGCGGAGGAGGUUCUCCACUAGCUCAUGGUCUAACCACGGCUGUCCGAGUUGGGCUAAAUGCGGAGAAGAGUGGUGAUGUUGGACGAAUAAUGAUCGUUGCAAUAACUGACGGUAGAGCUAACAUAUCUCUGAAAAGAUCAACUGAUCCUGAAGCUGCUGCUGCUUCUGAUGCACCUAGACCUUCUACCCAAGAAUUGAAGGACGAGAUUCUUGAAGUUGCGGGUAAAAUCUACAAAGCAGGGAUGUCUCUCCUCGUCAUCGACACGGAAAACAAGUUUGUCUCCACCGGCUUUGCCAAAGAGAUUGCGAGAAUCGCUCAAGGUUUGAUCGUUGGAAAGGCCAUCUCUUAUGCUAUCUCAAGUUUUCCCCUCUUAACUGGUUUUCAUUUCGAUAUUUGUUUUUCCAGGAAAAUAUUACUAUUUGCCAAAUGCUUCGGAUGCUGUUAUAUCAGCUACAACGAGGGAAGCUUUAUCAGCUUUGAAGAGCUCUUGAUUUUACAUUUUGAUAGCAAGAUUGUGUGUUAGUAAUGUCUCAUACUAUUUAGGCCAAGGAUAUGAGAGAGAAAAUACGGGGCGAAAUUUGUGGGGAGUGUCCAUUCUAUAGUGUGUUCUUUUCUUGUUUUAGGUUUCGUUUUUGUUUGCGUUUGAUUGUAUGAUAUGAUGUAGCUUCAGCUUUGCGGCAGCCAGCAAAUAAAACUAGAGGGCUAGAUUCCAUUGUC